ACAAGAACAUCCGUACAGUGUGUGUCGGGCCACUAUGGUGCAAUCGCCCCAGUCUUUCGCCUCUUGGCCUUCGCUUCCCCUCACCAUCACCAUUAGCCCAGGAUUAGCCAAACAUUUCCAGCUGCACGUUUCCGCGGGCCACUUCCCCUUCACGCACGAGCGAGAAUGAAGAAGAGGAAAAAGAAAGCAAAGGCGCGCCGACAUGCAUCGCCUGCUUUGCUCCCGACGCCAGCUUCUUGGGAUAACAGCGUACGUUUCUCUUGUUUCCACUCCUCCGGCGUCAUUCCAACAAAGCGGUCAACGACAUCGCCCCCGGACCUCCAAUCGCAGGGACAUGGCCUUGAGCACAGAUUCCGGGCCCGAAGUUCUGGCGUUCCCGCUGCACAAAGACUCGACCCAAGAAGCUGGAGAUUCCCAACUGACGCAAACACAUCAUGUACUGUGCCACGCGCUGACGCAAGGCGAUCCUUCAGCUGCUUCCAUCGUCCCGUGCAAAACUCAAAUCACCGUAGACUUUGCAAACGCCGAGAAUGCAACCGACAGUUCUAGGCUUCAAACGACAUCCAAGCGAGCUCAAACCCUUUCAGCCGUCGCUGUCUGUGAUUGGCGCAAUGUUCCGAGGAGCCAAUCCUUAUCGAUCGACGAUCGUCUGAUCUCCACUUGUGCAUGCAUGUCGGGCCCUGAGCCAAACGGAAAAAAAAAUCCUUCACCAGCAGCAUUUUGCUCUGAUCCAAAAUUGACCGAGAGACGUGGAACAUGCUUGCUACUGCGAGAAACCCAUGAGACCUACCUUUUUGUAAUGUCGGCUCACGUCCCGACUCACCGUCCCAUCCGUGCCGAAAUGCUCCGUCAGCUCGGACCUUGCUUUACUUACAAGACAAAGGUGAGCGCUGCUCUCGUUCUGAAGAGGAAACGAUUGUUUUAAGUGGGAAACAUGAGGGAGCAACGUAGCGAAGUAAAGCAGAUCAGAUUGACAAACUCACGUGCGUUUAUCUAGCGUGAUCCUGGCUGGAAUGUCUUCGUGCAAACCGUGUGAAUUGCGUUCUACACAGAUAUGAGUUCCGGCAUAAUCAACAAGCAAUAGCCUUCUCUAGGAUAUCCAUAAAUCUCCAGACAUCUUCAAAUGUGUUAUACA